GUGACAAGGACUCUACUGAAAGCAUGGAUACAAAAAAAGGGGGUACAUUUUUCUCUUACUUCAUGGCAGAUUACUGAUCUUUCUUCCAAAUUAAUAAAUCUGAAAAACUGUAUUCCACACGAAUUUAUGAGGAAGCCACGAUCUUUAGAUGAUUUAAAGAGAUGGAAAGCAACUGAACUCCGCCAGUUUCUAUUAUAUUACGGACCUUUUUUGGUGCAUUCUGUUUUAUCUGAAGAAAGAUAUUUAAACUUUAUGAAAUUAUCAAUAGCAACUAGGAUAUAA